UAAAAUAGACGUAUUUAGACAAUUUUACUAGAAGAACGUCUCCGAGCAGUGUGACGUCAUAUUCACGCGACGCUUCCUCAUCUGUCACGUGAGACGGGAGGUGCAGGAAAACAACAGUCAAACUUCAUCUGCGCUGCCUAAAAUGACCACUGCUCUGACCCAGGGUUUGGAGAGAAUACCCGAUCAAAUUGGGUAUUUGGUUAUUAGUGAAGACGGUGUACUUGCGUCUGCAGGUGAGCUGGAGAAUGAUGAACACACAGCAGGAGUGAUCAUGCAGAUGGUAAGAACAGCUUGUCGGUUUAGAUUACAUGGGACAGCAGAGCCUCCUUUCAAACGCAUGUCAGUGAUGUUUGAAGACUAUGUUUAUGCCGUGACCAUCUCUGGACAGAAAGUUUUUGUAGUCAAGAGGCAAAACAACCAACGGGAACCUGUUACUGUCUAGUAGAAAGGAUAAUAUGAACUGGUCCUGCACACACACUAUUACAGGAAAAGACCCAGCCUUUACAACUAUCUGAUGUUCAGCAAAAUAAUGCUCAUUUUUGGAAAACCUUAUUACACAGAUUUGGGACUUUGGUGGUGUCAGGUGUAUUAUUCUGGGGCCCAGUAAGCUUAGGUGUUGUAUGUCACAGACUGUUGUCACAAAUUAUCUGUGUUGUCUUUUUGAUGCAUGAUUAAAUACUGUUUUUGAUUUAGAUUCAUUAACUUUGCCGUUUUGUAAUAAGUGUGUAUUUCGAUUUUAACUUAUAUAAUCCAAUAACCUAUAGGUUCUUUGUGGAAAUCUACAAGCGGUUGUAAUGUAAGACCUGAUCAUUGUGUAUGCAUAAGACAGGAGUAAUGUAUACAUGUCCACAUGUGCGCAAGCCACAAAAGCAGCUUAUCAUUGAUAACAUUACAAUGGGUGUUAUUAUUGUUAAGAUGUGAUGUGUUGUAAUGGUCCAGGGAGUGCAGGGGAUUCACAGGUGUUAUAGAACAUGGGAUCUACAGAGCAGUACCUAAAAUGCACUAAAUGCUUUUUAUGAUCUAUUUUCAAGUGUGUUUAUUUAAGUCUCACCUUUUAAUAAUUGCAUUAACAAUAAUACAUUAAAUAAAAAGACUAUGCAUA